ACAAGCUGCAUUUCUUCCGCCUUCUCGAACUUGACUUCGCAGCUACACGACUCCGUCAUAGAACACAUAAAGCUACUUGCUCCACGCAACGUCGACUCCUAACCCACACACAUACACACAGUUGCAACCAUGUCUGCACCUACCCUAACACCCGAGGUCACCUGGGCGCAGCGUUCGUCCGAGCACGACCCUGAGAAGAACUACGUCUUCCUCACCAUCGUUGCCGCCGAUGUCCCAGAGGCAGACCUCAAGCUCGACUUGCAGCCCACAAAGCUCAGCUUCAAGGGCACCUCGAAACCCAAGAACGUCACCUACGCCGUUGAUCUUGAGUUCUUCGCCGAGAUUGACCCCAAAGAGUCCAAGAUUCAGCACAGCGGUCGCGACGUCACACUUGUCCUCCGCAAGAAGGAGCUUAAGGAGGAGUUCUGGCCGCGCCUGCUCAAGGAAAAGGCGAAGGUCCACUUCCUGAAGACCAACUUCGACAAGUGGGUCGAUGAGGACGAGCAGGACGAUGCCCCUGCCGAUGAGGAGAUGAUGAGCCAGAUGAACCCCAUGGGCGGUGGCGGCGAUGGUGGCUUCGGCGGUAUCGACUUCUCGAAGCUCGGCGCUGCUCAAGGCAUGGGCGGUCUCCCAGGAAUGGGCGGCAUGGGUAUGGAGGGCCUUGAGGGCGAGGACAGCGACGAGGAUGACGACGACAUGCCUGAGCUUGAGAACGAUGAGGAGAGCAAGGGCAAGCCUGCUGCCGCCGCCGCAGCUGCUUCCGGUGACAAGCCCAAGAUUGAGGAGCUCCCAUAAACUUCUGAUACCCUCGCUACGAAUGAACGACUUGAAAAAGCGGAGGAGCGGAGUUUAUGAAUGUACGGCGCAGCGGCAUGUCAGGGCGACGGUUUGGUCAGGAUAUGGCGUAGCAUGGAGAUACAUGUUGGGCACACGCUGCGUAGAGCCUUUGUUAAGACUCCCGGCGUAUAAUUGACGACUUCCUCACGACAGAUGAAUCAAAUGAUACUCCCAUGAUUUGAUUCGUGACUCUAUGACUGACUUUGGUAUCGAUCGCUGCACAACAGAUGGCCGCCCAGGUCCUCUUUGCUCUGACUGUUCGUUCCCCAGAUACAACACGAUAGGUGUAAGCUUUUAGGUCCUGGCUGCUAGUCGCCACGGAUGAUCUUUCCAACAAACUUCAACUCCCACUCCGCCG